AGACCAACAGUGUAAUUAAGAAAGAACAACGAGGAGCACUGUUGAGACUUGAGAGGAAGAUCUUUGGCCGCUCUUCAUUCUCUACUAUCUAUUCAGCUAACAAGCAAGCCACCCUCCCUCUAUUUUCGUUAAAAAUAUAAACCUAGUUAGGGUUUUUGCAAAAAAAAAAGAUGGUAUUUGGUCAGGUAGUAAUAGGUCCACCCGGUUCCGGUAAAACCACUUACUGCAAUGGCAUGCAACAGUUUCUCCAGCUCAUUGGCCGGAAAGUUGCUGUUAUUAAUUUAGACCCGGCUAACGAUUCCUUGCCAUAUGAUUGUGCUAUCAACAUUGAGGAUCUUAUAAAACUAAGCGAUGUCAUGAAUGAACACUCUCUUGGUCCUAAUGGAGGUCUUAUGUAUUGUAUGGAUUACUUGGAGAAAAACAUCGACUGGUUGGAAUCAAAAUUAAAGCCUCUUUUGAAAGAUCAUUAUUUUCUUUUUGACUUCCCUGGGCAAGUAGAACUGUUCUUCCUUCACUCCAGCGCAAAAAAGGUCAUCAUGAAACUUAUUAAGAAACUGGAUCUGCGGUUGACUGCGAUUCACUUGAUAAAUUCACACCUAUGUAGUGAUCCCGGGAAAUAUGUUAGUGCAUUGCUCCUCUCGUUGUCAACAAUGUUGCAUAUGGAAUUGCCACAUGUCAAUGUCUUGUCCAAGAUUGAUCUUAUUGAGAGCUAUGGAAAACUAGCCUUUAAUCUUGAUUUUUACACCGAUGUGGAAGAUUUAUCGUAUCUACAGCACCAUCUCGAUCAAGAUCCCCGAUCUUCCAAGUAUAGGAAACUCACCAAGGAACUGUGUGAAGUAAUUGAAGAUUUUGGUUUGGUGAACUUCAGUACACUGGCUAUUCAGGAUAAAGAGAGUGUUUCAAAUCUCGUGAAAUUAAUAGACAAAACGAAUGGCUAUAUAUUUCAAGGCAUUGAUGCUACUGCAGUUGGGUUCAGCAAGAUUGCUAUUGCACCAACAGAUUGGGAGUACUACAAAACAGCAGCAGUGCAAGAAAAGUACAUGAAGGAUGAUGAAAAGUUUGAUUCUGAUGAUUAAUCAAAGAUGAACGGUUAAGGGUUUUGCAGACAUACCCUAUAUGAUGCAUUAUAAUGGUUAAGUUGAAGUCGUGCGGGUCAAGUUCAAGAUCAAGAUCAUCCAUGUACUAAUAUCUUAGCUUUUGUUGGAUAAAAAUUAUUGAAUCCAAGGUUGUAAACCUAAAAAUUGUAACUAUUAAACUAUGACAGCUCAACAAUUUAAGAAUAUCGAACAAAAUGUAAAUGAUUUUUAUUCUGCUGAUCUUAGCUACUUUAUAUACUAAGAAAUUUCUCCAACUA